UAUAACCUCAACUCUUCGAUUUUCAAAAUGGCGUGUGCCCGUUUCGAGAGAUAGGUGAAAGCUCAUGCGUUGUUAUCGUGUCGCUCUUGAACUUUCGUCCUUUUAUAUCGUGACCACGAUUAUUCCGUUUACGUGAAAUUUUCGCUAAUGUAGUUAUAGGUAUAUAGAGUACAAAACUUUCUUUUCUCUUUUUCGAAUUUUUUUUUCUUUCAUUUCUUGAUGGAAAUCCCGAUGGAAAUUUUCCUCGCGGCAUUCUCCGUGAUAUUCAGUCUACUGAUAGUAUUCCUCCUCGUUUUGAUGGGGUGGUACUUAGUCUGGACGUUCUUCCUAUCGCGAUUCCGCUUUGUAAGAGAACUGACUGGGAAAGGAAUGAGCGAGUCGUCAUCCGUUAAUGAUUUGAAGAACGGUCGCUCACGCAUCAAGAAACUUCGCCGUGAUUAACUAGACAAU